AUGAAGAUGAAGGAGCUGCUCCUCUUCCUCUCCUGUGUCCUCUGUGUCUCUGCUGACGUUCUGCAUGAGGACAUUGCUAUCGUUGGCUGUUCAGACUCUGAUGGAGAGGAGAUGUAUGGACUGGAUGGUGAAGAGCUUGCCUACGCAGACUUCAACAAACAGGAGGAAAUCUACCCUCAGCCUCCUUUUAUUGAUCCUAUAACUUACCCAGGAGGUUAUGAACAAGCUGUGGCUGAUCAACAGGUCUGCAGAGAGAACCUGAAGAAUUUUGGUAAAGGCAUGAAGGACUAUCCUCCUGAGCAUGAUGCUCCUUCAGCUGUGAUGAUCUACACCAGAGAUGAGGUGGAGUUUGGAGAGAAUAACACUCUGAUCUGUCACGUGACUGGUUUCUAUCCUGCUCCUGUCAACGUCUCCUGGACCAAGAACGGACAGAAGGUCACAGGAUCCAGCAUCAACGUUCCCUAUCCCAACAAAGAUGGGACCUUCACCCAGAUCUCCAGACUGCAGUUCACCCCACAGCUGGGAGACAUCUACAGCUGUGCAGUGCAACAUCUGGCCCUGACACAACCACUGACCAAAAUCUAUGAUGUGGAGGCGUCUGGUCAGUCUGAUCCAGGUGUUGGACCUGCGGCGUUCUGUGGAGUGGGUCUGACUGUGGGUCUGCUCGGUGUGGCUGCUGGAACUUUCUUCCUCAUCAAAGGAAACGAGUGCAGCUGAUUGGCUCACAGUGAUGAUGUCAUCAUAGUUCUGUGAUGAGCUCAUAAUCAGUGUGACUGUCCAGUUGUUGUUAUUGUUUGUGUAUGCAGAGAGUUCACCUGUAAUAAACUGCUUUCUGUUUACCUGUCUCAUCUGCUUCACCUGAUGUGCUUUUAUUUAAUCACCUGUAUGAGCUGUUCUGUCUGUCAUCAUCUUUGUCAAUAAAGUUUAAAUCUGGAAUUCAAA